GAGCAACUUGGCGAGAAAUCUAAAGUUUAUCGUCACGAAAAUCCUUAAGAUCACAGGUUUGACAUUGCUACAUCAAGAAAUAAAUACAAGGCACAAUUCACCAUGAGCAGCCGACAUCGGAAGAGUAAAGACAAGGUAGAGAAAGAUACCGGAUAUGGCAGCUUCACCGGAAGUGAACGAGAGCCGUCACCGGUGCUCGGACGACACUCGCCGCCCCAUGAACCGGAAGAGAUUCGCUGCGCCCCGUGCAGCAGGGAAAACCGGAAGGUAGACGCCACGAAAUUCUGCGAGGACUGUAACGAGCACCUGUGCGAGAAAUGUGUGCACGACCAUCAGAAGUUUAUCGUCACGAAAAUUCAUAAGAUCACAGGCAAACGGACGACAAAGCAGACGGCUACGCGCCCCAAGCUCUCGGACAAGUGCACGCACCACGAGGGCAAGGUGCUAGAGCUCUUUUGUACCGACCACGACGAGCUCUGUUGCAGCGUCUGCGUCGCCGUCAGUCACCGCUCCUGUGCCGACGUCGUCUAUAUCCCCCAGGCGGCUGUGGGCGUCGAAAGCAGUCUGGAGCUACUAGAGGUCAAACAAAAACUGCAAAAGGUCAAGGACGAGGUGGACACGCUGCGCUCUCACCGAGAAGAAAACCAGCAGAUUGUUCAGCAGCAGAAAGAGGAAAUCAUCAACGCCAUCUUGGACAUGCGCAUUAGAGUCACAGACAUAUUGGAUAAUCUCGAACGGAACGCCCGCCACGACCUUCAAACCAGGUACGAAGACGUCAUCACGAAGAUCGACACCGACGUCAAGACGUGCGAUGAUGUCUCGUCGACGCUGCGAGAACACACGAUGAAGAUCGAGACCAUCGUAAACAACGAGCCAGAACUGUUUGUCACUGUGAAGAAAGCGAAGAAGAGCAUGGCGGAGGGAGAGACGGUCAUUGAAAACAUCACAAAGAACCUCGGUAAAGAACGCCUGAUGUUUAUGGGGGACCGAACGCUUGAAAACCUUCUCAACGGAAUGACCUCACUCGGGGAGUUCGGGGACGACACGCACGUUUACACGGCGCAGUUUGAAGGCGAAUACAACAUGUCGCUCUCAACAGACCACGGGUCAAGCGAGGACAACACGGGCUCUGUGUGUCUGCCAGACGGCAAGGUCAUCUUGACCAACACUCACCACAAGCGUCUUAAGAUGCUGUCUCCCGCGUUCAAGGUCAUUGACCACGUGGACCUUCCGGGCAAGCCGUAUGACGUCUGCUUGGCUGGGCCCAACGAGGUGGUAGUGAGUCUACGCGAAGAAAAAUGCCUGCAGUUCGUGACCACGGACAAGAAGCUCAAAUCCACACGCGCCAUCAAAAUAGGCGUGGCCUGUUACGGCGUCCUAUGUCUGAACGGCGAGAUCUUUGUCGCGUGCGUGGGAGGCCAGUACGAGAACCGGCCACAACUGCGCGUCUACAACAUGUCCGGUCGAAUGGUCCGCGUUAUCGAGAAGGGCCCGGACGGGAACAUGAUUUUCUCCUCGCCGCGGAACAUCGCGCUCAGUCCCGACGGCACGAUGUUGCACGUGACAGACAGGGAAUACGGCGUGGUAACCGUGGGCCUCUACGGGCAGAUUAUCUCCGUGUACAAGAAUCCCGAGCUUGAUUCGCCGCGCGGGAUAUGCGUGGAUCCGAACGGGAAUAUCCUGACGUGUGGCCAGAACUCCCAUAACGUAAUCCAGCUGAAUGCCGCGGGCGAGAAAGUCGGGGUUCUCAUAAAAGAUAAAGAUAGUCUGCACCGGCCCCAGUCCCUGUGUUACAUCCCUAGGGGCCCUCGCAGUUUCCUCCUCAUCACGUUCUUGAAGUCAAAGUUCGUCAAGGUGUAUGCGCUAGGAUAGUAGCAUGAAAGUGUGACAUAUAACUGCUCGAUAAUGGCAGUAUUUAAUUGUUUAAAUAUAUUUACGAACAUGCGCGGUUACGGGGUUGUAAGAGGGUAUGGACAAUUAUUAGAAGUUGUUCAACUUCUACUACUCAACUUAUCUCUGGGUACCAGGGCUGGUAUUCAGAAAGCAAAUCUUUACAUAAUCUGGAUUUAAAGGUAAAUUUUAAAAUUCAAUUUUCUAUUGACAUUCUAAUGAUUUCAGUUUUGUAAUGCUAAAAUAAUGAUCUUCUAUGCACAAUUUACUUACUUAAACCAAUGAAAUGAAAAAAUACAUCAUAAUGAAAGAGCAUAAGACGUAUAAGGAAUUUUUAAUUAUUUGAGGAAUUUUCUUAAGUUUACCCUUAGGAGCUUUAUGAACACCAGCCAUGAACAUUAAAUUACUGUUUUGCCCUCUUGUCUCAUUAAUAUUCGCUUAUUGAAAAAAGAGAGUUUAGGUCACUUAUGUUUGUACGGCACUACUCAAUCGCAUGUCAUGUUGUUAGUUCAUUGCUAUUUCAUUAUUAUGUGUAUCUCAUGUUAAUAAGUGGAACACAACUGUUAACGAAUUUCGAAUUAUAACUAUUUUGCCAACCAA